AUGCAUGCAUCCAUCCAUCCUCCUCCCCCUAUCUCCCCCAAUCUUUUGAUUGAUCUAGAGAAAAAUUUUCGCGUCUUUUGGUUUUCCUUUUUUCCCUUUUUCUUUGUACUGGCCGUGUCUACUGGUGGAGACGAUGAAGAGCUUCUGCCACGGGUCAACCAUGGUCUAUCGAGCAAGUCCACAAGCGCGCGUGUAGCGUGUGAGCCCGUUGUCCGUAUUCCUGUGUAUUACUGGUUGCUUUCUGUCGUCUCUUCUGGUGGGCGCGGCUGGUACCAUCUUUUUUGGUCUGUUGCUUCCGCCAGUGGGACUUUUCUGCCAGUGGGUUUGUUGCUUCCCACUGGUAGGCCCUUUCCUCCUACCAGUGAACCUGUCAUCUCUCGCCAGUGGACCUUUUUAUAUAGCCGCCAGUUGCCGGUUGCCGGUUGCCAGGUUGCCAGUUGCCAGUUGCCAGCCGCCCAUUUUCCUUCCACUGGCGGGUCCAUUUAUCUCACUGGUAGGAGCCAUUUAUCCCACUGGUCGGACAUUUGCUUCCUGUUGCUUCCUGUUGCUUCUGCCGGGGAACUCGAUGGUUCCAUUUCUGCCGCAAAGUUGUCGGCUAUGUCGUGUCCUCAAGACACCUCGUCAAAAGCCGAUAAGGCUCACCAGAAGCCCAACAAGGGCGCCUAG